CUUUAAUUAUUUUCGAGACGUUUUUCGAAUAGUUACAUCUUAAAGAAUUUCACUCGUAGCCACGAAAUUUUAGUUAGUUUUCCAAGUCAGCAAAACAAAUACUAUUACUCUUACAAAUUAACUUGCAAUCAUAGCUAGUCCUUUUGUUGCUGCCUCCAAUCCAAUUUUUUAUCAAAUCAAAAAGAAAUUGGAAAAAGGGGUGAAAAAAGAGAGAGCCCUAAUCUAUUUGUUAGAGACUGAUGAGGAAUUUUUUUCACAUUGUUCCAUUUUUUACUGCUGUAAUUCUUAUUUACCUCUCUACUACCCAUAAUUUCUUUCUUCCUGCCAAUGCAGCCAAUACAGGAUUGGAAAGAAAGCUUUUGCAUUACAAAGAAAAACUUGUAGCAUUAGAUUCAGACAAAUCUAUUCUUAAAUUUGCAAAUCCAAGGCUUGAAAAUGCCUACUUUGCCCUCCAAGCUUGGAAGAAAGCUAUGAUCUCGGAUCCGAAAAACCUGACAGCGAAUUGGGUCGGAUGUGAUGUUUGUAGCUAUACAGGAAUCUUCUGUUGGGCUGCUCCAGACAAUUCUUCGAUUCAGACAGUUGCUGCGAUCGAUUUGAAUCACGGAGAUAUUUCCGGAUACUUAGUCGAAGAUUUAGGGCUCCUGACGGAUGUUGCGAUAUUUCAUAUUAGCUCCAACAGAUUCUGUGGAAGGGUAAAGAAUAGUAUAAGAAACAUGACGUAUCUUUACGAGUUAGAUCUAAGUAAUAAUCGUUUCGCAGGGAGGUUUCCUGAUGUGGUUCUUGAAUUGCCUGAUCUCAAGUAUCUCGACCUUCGCUUCAACGAGUUCGAAGGAAGCGUUCCGAGGGCGCUUUUCGAUAAACAGCUCGAUGCUAUACUUAUAAACAACAACAGGUUUCAUUUUCAGUUGCCUGAUAAUUUCGGUAACUCGCCGGUUUCUGUUGUUGUUCUUGCAAACAACAAAUUCCGUGGAUGCUUUCCGGGAAGUUUCGGAAACAUGUCGAAAACGUUAUACGAGUUAAUCCUGAAGAACAACGACUUGAGUUAUUGUUUUCCUGAGGAAAUUGGGUUGCUUAAAAAGUUGCAAGUUCUUGAUGUAAGUUAUAACAAUCUGAUGGGAGAAUUGCCUGAAAAAAUUGGAAAAAUGAAGGAUCUGGAAUAUUUAGAUGUUUCGCAUAAUUUUCUGUCAGGAAAAAUUCCUGAGAGUGUGUGUUCGCUGCCGAAGUUGCGGAAUUUCAGAUUCGAGUACAAUUUUUUCACCGGAGAACCGCCGGUGUGCUUGGAGAUAGAGGAAUUUGAUGAUCGUAGGAAUUGUUUGAAGGAUCGGCCAACUCAGAGAUCUCAUUUGCAAUGUUCAAUUUUCCUGUCAAAACCUAUUGAUUGCCAAGCUUUUAAUUGUCAGAAUCCUUAUAACCCUUCUCCUCCUCCACAAUCAUCACCUCCACCUCCACCACCACCACCACCACCACCACCCCCGCAAAUUUCACCCCCACCUCCUAAAAUGUCACCGCCACCUCCGAUAUAUUCCCCCCCACCACCCAAAUCGCCACCACCCCCAUCACCUCUACCAUGCAGUGACAGGAAACCACUACCAUCACUGGCUGCUAUGAAAUUUAAUGGUCCUCUUCCAUUAAUCGUUGGAAAACCAUAUGCGUUUGCCUCACCACCACCACCACCACCGCCGCCGCCGCCUCCUCCGACGACAUUUAAUGUUCCAUUUAUACCAAUUGUUGGAAAACUAUAUGCAUCUCCUCCGCCACCACCGCCGCCAGUUGAGUAGUUAAUUCAUUAUAGUGAUUUAUAAAUUUCAGUAGUUUGGUUACUUGUCAUGUAGUACUAUCUUUUGAACAAGUUAAAGAGAGAGUUUUUUCGAAUCUUAA